GUCACCAUGGCAACACUUUUUCCGCGUUGCAGCGGCGAAGUCUGGCCCCUGCACCGUACCUCGGACCACGGACCACAGACCACGACUCAGAUUUGACGGCGAUCACGUGACAUCUGAGAGCUUCUCCCAUCACUUCCUGUGAAGACAAAGUCCAGUUCACCAUGUUCUCCCCAAAGCAGGCAAUGCUGCAGAGACAGAAAAAGGACUCGCUCCGAGACCGGGCCCAGGACUUCAGCAGCGAGUGUCAUACCUGGGACAUCAAGAACUCAUGGCUGCAGAGUACAGACAAGCGCCACCUGCGGAGAACCAUCGAGAGGAGCGUCAGGGACACGAUGAGGCAACAUGACAUCAUCGUCCAGGAGAAGCAGGACAGGCUCAGGAGUUUGCUGGAGGCCGAAGAGGAGCAGCUGGUGGAGGAGGCCCGCAAGCAACACGAGACGCCGCUAGAGAAGCAGGCCCACAUGCGGGAACGAGCCCAAGAGCUGCGCGACGCACGGGAGGUGCAACGACAACAGCUGGCGGCCGAAAAACUGGAUCAGCAGUUUAGGGAGCAGUGCCAGGAGCUGCGCGAGGCCCAGAGCAAGCGCAGGCUGCUGCAGGUGUGCGAGGAACGUUCCAAGCAGCUGCAGGGUCAGGAGGAGCUCGCCCAGCAGCAGCGGCGGGAGGACGACAUGUACCACCAGCUGUGGGAGGAGGACGGCCGAGCCAAGGAGGACAGGGAGCGGCAGAGAAUCGAGCACGUGCACCAGAGCAAAGUGACGCAGCUGAACUUCUUCCAGGAGCAGAUGGCGGAGGCGGAGCAGCGGCGGCAACACAUGAUGCAGCAGCGCGACGAGGAAGCUCGGCAACAGAGGCAGCGGCAGCAGCUGCAGCAGCAACUGGCCCAGCGGGAACGCCGCCUCAGGCUGGAGGCCAAGGUGGCCAGGCGGCAAAUGCUGGACGAGACCCUGCGGCUGAAGAUGGAGCGCGUGGCCAAGGACCAGCAGGACGAGCUCCAAGUGGACCUCAGCAUCCUGCAGCAGAUGCUGGACGACGAGAGCCAGGACCAAAAGGAGAGGGCCGACAAGAAGGCCGAGCUGCGGGACGAGCAGCUCCGGUACCGUCAGUAUCUGUCCGACCGGCAAAUGGAGCGCGAGAAGGAGAACGAGGAGAUGCAGCUGCUGAUGGAGGAAGACCUGAAGGAGACCUGGGCGCGCCAGGACAAGCAGACCUCCAUGCAACAAGAGGCCAGAGACCGCCUGAUGGAGGAGGUGGUCGAGUCCCGCCAGCUGCAGACGGCACAGAAACAACACAUGAAGAUGCAGAGGCGUCAGGAAGUGGCCAAGGAGAGAGAAGAGGUGGAUGCCGCCUUCAAUGAGAUGAAAAGGGAGGAGGAGGACCUGAAGAAGAGGCAGAGGCAGGCGUACCUGGCCUACCAGGCGGACCUGCAGGAGCAGAUGGAGCAGCGGCGGCAGCAGAAGAGAGAACAGGAAGCCGAGGACGAGAGGCAGAGGCAGCAGGGUCUGACCAUGGAGCGGCAGGAGCAGCAGAAGAAAGAGGAGGUUCUGGCCCGACCCACUGACGGCGCCACGCACCCUUUUAGAAGACUCAAGAAUCAUUAAGAAGAGCAACACAAACACAUCUUAUUGUGAAAGGCUCAUUUCAUGGAGUUUUCCCCUCUUAGCAAGUGAUUACUAAAAACAACAAGGACUUUAUUCAUUAUGCUAAUGAAAGGAGCUAAUGUUGUGAUGUACUUGGUGAAGUUUGAGAAAAGUGGAAAAUUUUACGUUUUUUUUUUUAAAAGCAGACUACGUGAAAUGUAAAGUCCAGUUGUCGGCAUGAAAUUUCAAAAGUAUAUUGACUUGUAUGGACCAUCCUUCAAUCAUUUCAGGAUUUUGUCUU